CAGCGCAGCAGGAACGAUCCUCCGUCUGACAACAUGGCGAGUGUCCGCACGGCGUCCCGUCUCCUCUCCAAGAGGGUUUUAUCUACUGCGAAAGCAGUCCCUGCUGCUGCAGUUCAAGGUUCCAGGAACUUCCACUUUUCCAUUUAUGGCAAGAAGAAAAAUGCCAAAGUAUCAGAUGACAUCUCCACUCAAUACCCAGUUGUGGAUCAUGAGUUUGAUGCUGUGGUGGUUGGAGCUGGUGGAGCGGGACUGAGGGCAGCUUUUGGCCUGUCUGAGGCUGGCUUCAACACUGCCUGUGUCACCAAACUGUUCCCAACCAGGUCUCAUACUGUCGCUGCACAGGGUGGGAUUAAUGCGGCUCUGGGGAACAUGGAGGAGGAUGACUGGAGGUGGCAUUUCUAUGACACAGUGAAGGGAUCUGAUUGGCUUGGAGACCAGGACGCUAUCCACUACAUGACAGAACAGGCUCCUGCAGCCGUAGUAGAGCUGGAGAACUUUGGCAUGCCAUUCAGCCGCACUGAGGAGGGCAAGAUCUACCAGAGGGCCUUUGGAGGUCAGAGCCUUAAGUAUGGAAAGGGAGGUCAGGCGCACCGCUGCUGCUGUGUAGCAGACAGAACAGGCCACUCACUGCUGCAUACGCUGUAUGGAAGGUCACUUCGUUAUGACACCAGUUACUUUGUGGAGUAUUUUGCCCUGGACCUGCUGAUGGAGAAUGGAGAGUGUAAAGGGGUGAUCGCUCUCUGUAUGGAGGAUGGGUCUAUCCACCGCUUCAGAGCCCAGAACACUGUUAUUGCUACUGGGGGUUAUGGAAGAACCUAUUUCAGCUGCACAUCUGCUCACACAAGCACAGGAGAUGGAAAUGCGAUGGUGACCAGAGCGGGUCUGCCCUGCCAGGAUAUGGAGUUUGUCCAGUUUCAUCCCACUGGAAUCUAUGGAGCCGGCUGUCUGAUCACAGAGGGCUGCCGUGGUGAGGGAGGAAUCCUGAUUAACAGUGAAGGAGAGCGCUUCAUGGAGCGCUACGCACCCAACGCCAAAGACCUGGCUUCCAGAGACGUGGUGUCCCGCUCCAUGACCAUAGAGAUCAGAGAGGGCAGAGGUGUUGGUCCAGAGAAGGACCACGUGUACCUGCAGCUUCACCACCUGCCUCCUCAGCAGCUGGCCGCAAGGCUGCCUGGUAUCUCAGAGACAGCCAUGAUCUUCGCUGGAGUCGACGUCACCAAAGAACCCAUCCCUGUCCUGCCCACCGUCCACUACAACAUGGGUGGAAUACCCACAAACUACAAGGGACAGGUGAUUACUCACGUCAACGACGAGGACAAGGUGGUUCCCGGACUGUAUGCCUGUGGCGAGGCAGCUUCUGCCAGUGUCCAUGGAGCUAACAGGCUGGGUGCCAACUCCCUGCUGGACCUGGUGGUGUUUGGCAGAGCUUGCGCCCUCACCAUUGCUGAGCAGCACAAACCUGGAGAGAAGCUGUCCCCUCUGAAGCCCAGCGCAGGAGAGGAGUCUGUGGCCAACCUGGACAGGCUGAGGUUUGCCAACGGAAGUCAGAGGACCUCUGAGAUCAGGCUCAACAUGCAGAAGACCAUGCAGACCCAUGCUGCGGUAUUCCGUACUGGCUCUGUCCUGAAGGAAGGAUGCGAUAAGAUGGAUGCUAUUUAUCAGACCCUGGAGGACAUCAAGACCUUUGACAGAGGCAUUGUGUGGAACACCGACUUGGUGGAAUCGCUAGAGCUGCAGAAUCUGCUGCUGAACGCCGUCCAGACCAUCAACUCUGCCGAGCAGAGAAAGGAGAGCAGGGGAGCCCACGCCAGAGAGGACUACAAGGAACGUGUGGAUGAGUACGACUACUCUAAGCCCCUGCAGGGUCAGGAGAAGAAGCCGUAUGACCAGCACUGGAGGAAGCACACUCUGUCCUUCGUUGAUCAAAAGACUGGAAAGGUCACAUUGGAGUACCGCCCUGUGAUCGACAGCUCUCUUGAUGAGCAGGACUGCGCCCACGUUCCACCUGCCAUCCGCUCCUACUAAGAUGAUUCCCUCCUGCCCUCCCCUUUAUUCCCACCCUUUGCCCAUCACAUCCACCUUACUCAAUUACAGAAGGCUCCUUGAUCUAUUAUUAAGGAAGCUAAACUUUCUGUGCUAGAGAAAACAUUCUGAGACAAAUUCAGACUUUUAUUGCACAUUUGUAUGCAUUUAGAUCUGUUCAGUACAAUACUGUCUAUAUCAUUUUGUGUCACUUCCUGUUUCUGUCUUUCUCUUUUUUUUGGCGUGUUUUGCCUUGAUUUCAAUCUGUUUGCAGAAACUAAAUUUCCACAUGGUUCUCAUGGCUUCUCGCGCUGUGUGAGCAGGUUGUGUGUGCGUGAGAUAUAUAUAUAUAUAUAUAUAUAAGGGGAAGAACAAAGUUGUUGACAAUAAGCCUGGCUUUUUGUGAUGACAUCAUUCUCAUUUCCCAGUCUGGCAUUGCAGUAAGAGCUUCUUGUAACCUCUUUCUCCUUUUAGCUGAGUUGAAGAGAUGAUGGAAGUGAUUGUAAUUUCAACCACACACUUUGCAGGCAAGUUUGAAGUAUGUAAAUAUUGCAUAAAUGUACAAUAAAUAUGGUGAGUUGUACUGUAUGUACUAGUUAAAGUGCAAGUCUCACAUCUCGCUCACUGUGGCCUUCAUUCUUGUGUUCAACACUUGCCGCUUGUUCUGUAGAUAAUCAGCUAACAGGCUGUAUUUGGCUCUAGCGUUCUACAAUUUCGCGCUAUAAGUGUUAAUUAUAUUAAAUUAAUGUCUUCAGCCACAUUACAGCCUCUCAGCUAUUGGGAUAAAUGAACUGCUUUUUAAGUUACUUUGUUGAUGUUGCUUUUUUUAAGACUGAGGAUAAAUUUCAGUAAGGUGGUGUAGCUUUCUUCAACUCCUUAAAUGACUUAAAUAUCAAAGGUGAAAGAUGCGCUCAGUGUUAAAAUGUUGAUGCCUCUUGUGCUGAAUCAACAGUGACUUAAUUUAUUUGCUACAAAAAGUUAAUCCUCUGCUUUUUGCUGUUUGUACUUUCGUUUUCAUAUGUUCAAUAAAGUCUAGGCUGUGGAUAGAAA